AUGUCAAGUUUAAUGUCACGAACAAACACGCCCAGUUGCUCCAAGGCAGUUUCUCUUUGCAUCGCCCUGGUGCGCAAGAGGCUGGGCAAAAGAGACAGAAGGGACGUCGAUGCUUGGCAUGGUAUGGAUUUUUAUGGCAUGCGCGUGGAGAGGUAUCGGAGGUGCCUCCGGUGCUCAAGACGUGUUCUACAAGGCGGGAAGAUGUGGGGUUCGGGAAUCUCAAGGGUGACGAAGAAGGGUUCGUCCUGUCGAGGCCAAGUGGAUUCCCUGAGGCAAGAUGCUAAGCACAUCCUGCUUGGCUAG